CUUCAAGAUUUCUUCCUCGACAGCCGUACGAUAACUAACCCACAGGUCAGCCAUCGAGACAAUCCGACACAAUGGCGAUCAAGCACAACCAGCAGAUUCAGAAGAAUCAUUUCCACAAGGACUGGCAACGCUACGUCCGCUGCCACUUCGACCAGCCUGGCAAGAAGACGUCCAGACGCAAUGCUCGCGUUGCCAAGGCUGCGAAGGUAGCCCCCAGGCCCGUCGACAAGCUCAGGCCCGUCGUCCGCUGCCCUACCAUCAAGUACAACCGCCGUGUCCGCCCCGGCCGUGGUUUCUCUCUCGUUGAGCUGAAGGCCGCCGGUAUCCCCCGCAAGUUCGCCCGCACCAUCGGUAUCUCUGUCGACCCCCGCCGCCAGAACCUCUCCGAGGAGGGCCUCAAGGCCAACGUCGAGCGCCUCCAGGAGUACCGCAAGCGCCUCAUCCUCUUCCCCCGCCGCAACGGCAAGACCAAGUCUGGUGACGCUUCCGCCGAGGACGUCAAGGCCGCCAAGAGCGCCGACAACCUUGUCCAGUCCACCGCCGCUGCUCUGCCCAUCAAGAACGUCGUCCAACUCGAGGAGGGCCCCAUCGGCAACUACGAGGCCACCGAGAACGCCUACAGGAAGCUCCGUGACGCCCGCUCCGAGGCCCGCCUCGUCGGUCUCCGUGAGAAGCGCGCGAAGGCUAAGGCCGAGGAGGCCGACUCCAAGAAGAAAUAAACUACUCGCUGAAGUAGUUGCUUGGUUCUUUGCUAUGGCUUACGACAAUAUAAAAGUCAGAAUUACGAUUCGGCGAUGGGUAUUCCCAGCGUGGGCUUUCCCAGCAUGGGCGGCGUCAUGGUUAGGUCUGUCAAAUAAAUGACAGCAUGUGAAUGAUACCUAGUUUUGCAAAUGCAAGCCGUGCCUCCCAUUCAUCUCCUCAUCGUUUUCUCUAUCGUUCUCUCACAAGACACACCCUCUUUACCGUAGGGCACUAUCGGAUUGUUCGUGAUGUGAUAUUCGAGCGCGUAAUACUCUUCACCUGGAGUUGAAUCCCUGGUAUCACCGUUCACCUAGAUUUUAGUAUUGAUGAUCACCUUUACAAACGG